UGUGUCUCCCAGCGUCCUCGUCCACCCUGUGCGCGACACGGCCCACCUCGUGUACACCGCAAGGCAGAGCAGCUUCGCGAGACAGCGCAUUUUAGGCGCAACCACCGCUUUGACAACGUUGACGCGAGCAGCAGCAGUGCGGCGACUAUGCGUCUCUUACCACGAGAGGAAGCCAAACUCCUCCUGCACCAGGCGGGGUUCCUUGCGCAGAAACGGCUCGCGCGAGGACUCCAGCUCAACCAGGCAGAAGCCAUCGCCCUGAUCGCUUCCCAGCUGCAGGAGCGAAUCAGAGAUGGCAAGCAUUCCGUGGCCCAGCUUAUGCAGCACGGCAAGUGUCUGCUCGGAAGACGGCACGUCCUCCCCGGCGUGUCCGCACUCCUCCACGAGAUCCAGGUCGAGGGCACGUUCCCCGAUGGUGUGUUCCUCGUCACCGUGCACGAUCCGGUUUGCACGGACGAGGGCAACCUGGAAGCGGCGCUGUAUGGGUCGUUCCUGCCAGUGCCCGCGAACGACGUCUUCCCGAUUAUCGUCGCCACGGACUACUCUGCGGAGAAUGCACCGGGCGCGGUCGUCGUGGUGAAGAAGAGCAGGAUUAGUAUCAACCAAGGCCGAGAGCGCAUCCGGCUGCGGGUGACUAACAACGGAGACAGACCCAUCCAGAUCGGUUCGCACUACCAUUUCAUCGAGACGAACCCCUUGCUGUCGUUCGACCGUGGAAAGGCGUACGGCAAGCGCCUCGACAUCGCGGCCGGGACCGCCGUGCGCUUCGAGCCCGGCGACUCGAAGACGGUGACGCUCUGCGCGAUCGCGGGCGCAAAGAUCAUCACCGGCGGCAACCGUCUCGCGACUGGGGUCGUCGAGCCGUCGAUUGCCGACGACAUCGUGCGCAAGCUUGUGCAGAAGGGAUUCGGGCAUGUCCCCGAGCCCGGCGCACUGGAGGUGCACGAAGACACGGACAUCGGGCGCGAGGCGUACGUGGCGAUGUUCGGCCCCACGGUUGGGGAUCGUGUUCGCCUUGGAGACACUGCGCUCUGGGUGGAGGUCGAGCGCGACGAGUGUGUCUACGGAGAUGAAGCCAAGUUCGGUGGAGGGAAGACGAUCCGCGAAGGAAUGGGCCAAGCCACAAACAGGCCGGCCGCGGAGACCCUCGACCUGGUCAUAACCAACGCGCUCAUCGUGGACUGGACCGGCAUCUACAAGGCGGACAUCGGGGUCAAGGACGGCGUGAUCACAGGUAUAGGCAAGGCUGGCAACCCAGAUGUCAUGGCGGGGGUGCACCCGAGCCUCGUCAUUGGCUCAGGCACGGAGGUGAUCGCAGGCGAGAAGCUCAUCGUGACCGCGGGCACCAUCGACGCCCACUGCCACUUCAUCUGCCCGCAGCAGGUCACGGAGGCGCUCGCGGUGGGCACGACGACGAUGAUUGGGGGCGGGACGGGCCCGAGUGCGAGCACGAACGCGACGACGUGCACGCCGAGCCCGUUCUAUAUGCGUCAUAUGCUGGCUGCGAUGGACGGGCUCCCGAUGAACUUCGCGAUCACGGGCAAGGGCAACGACACCGGUCCGAACGCAAUGGAGGAUAUCAUCAAGGCUGGCGCGGCGGGCUUGAAGUUGCACGAGGACUGGGGCUCGACGCCGUCCGUCAUUGUCACCGCGCUGGAUAUCGGCGACAAGUACGACGUUCAGGUCAACAUACACACGGAUACUUUGAAUGAGAGUGGCUUUGUCGAAAGUACCAUCGCUGCGUUCGGAAACCGCACGAUCCAUACCUAUCACACUGAAGGCGCAGGCGGCGGUCAUGCCCCUGACAUCAUCGUUGUAUGCGGGCUGGACAAUGUCCUACCGUCGUCCACGAACCCCACCCGCCCCUACACCGGCAACACCCUGGACGAGCACUUGGAUAUGCUGAUGGUCUGUCACCACCUGGACCGCUCCAUCCCGGAGGACCUGGCGUUCGCCGAAUCCCGCAUCCGCGCAGAGACCGUCGCCGCCGAGGAUGUGCUCCACGACACGGGCGCGAUCUCCAUGAUCAGCUCCGACUCGCAGGCGAUGGGGCGCAUCGGCGAGGUGGUCAGCCGGACGUGGCGCACCGCCAGCAAGAUGCGCGAGUUCCGCGGCCCGCUCGCUGCGCUGGGCGACUAUGACGGGCACGACAACGCCCGCGUGAAGCGCUACAUUUCAAAGUACACCAUCAAUCCGGCUAUCACGCACGGCAUCAGCCACCUCGUCGGACAGGUCGCGGUCGGAACCCUCGCCGAUUUGGUGCUGUGGAAGCCUGAGAACUUCGGCGCUAAGCCGGAGAUGGUGCUCAAGUCCGGCGUCAUAGCAUGGGCACAGAUGGGCGACGCGAACGCCUCCAUCCCUAUCGUACAGCCCUACAUGGGCCGCCCGAUGUGGGGCGCGCACCCGGCGUCGGCCGCGCUCAACUCCGUGUCGUUCGUGUCGGAAAUCUCCAUCUCGUCGGGUGUCAUCGCGUCGUACGGGCUCAAGAAGCGCUUCGAGGCGGUGCGGAACUGCCGCGCGGUGACGAAGAAGGACAUGAAGUGGAACGACGCGACGCCGAAAAUGACGGUCGACCCUGAGAACUACGAGGUGCAUGCGGACGGCGAGCUCCAGGACAUCGCGCCCGCGACGCACCUUCCGCUUUCUCGGUACUACAACCUCUUCUGAAAGUGCAGCUCCGAGGGCGUAAUUAAGAGAGGGCCAAGGCACAAAAAGGCACGACGCAGUCCGAAGUCAAAGAGAAGGUUCAUUGGAGCUCCUUGUACUAUAUCACUGAUUCUACCGCCGUUAAGCAAUACAGUUG